AUGGAGGAUGGCAAGGCGUACCGAACGCCAGGCUGCGGUACCAAAGGAGAGCCAGGCGGCCUGCAGAUGAUCUGGGAAUUCGAGACACUUGAUCUGCAAGAGGGCAGCUGCUGGGAAUUUUCUGGCAACAGGGAGGAAAGCUUCGAGCUCUUUUGGGCUAGAUUUCUGGGAAGAGCUUGGGUUUCAAGCGCUUGUGUGGGUGUGUGUGUGUGUGUGUGUGUCACCCUCUGUACCAAAGAGUUUGUAACCCAUGCAUGUUCUACCUAUCAUGAUGAUGUGAUUUGA